UGACUCAUUAAUCUGUGUCUCUGUUCAGAUCCUCCGUCCAGUCCCAUGAUCUACUCCAGAGACGACGUGGAGCUGGGACAGAACAACAUCCUCAUCUGUCAUGUGACUGGUUUCUAUCCUGCUCCUGUAACGUUCUACUGGACGAAGAACAACAAGAACGUCACUGAAGGAACCAGCGUCAACGUUCCCUACAUGAAAAAGGAUGGAACCUACAACCAGUUCUCCAGACUGGAGUUCGUCCCACAGCUGGGAGACAUCUACAGCUGUUCAGUGGGACAUCAGACCCUGGACCAACCACUGACCAGAAUCUGGGAUGUGGAGAAGACUCAGCCCAGUGUUGGACCUGCAGUUUUCUGUGGAGUGGGUCUGACUGUCGGUCUGCUCGGUGUGGCUGCUGGAACCUUCUUCCUCAUCAAAGGGAACGAGUGCAGCUGAUUGGUCGGGGCUGAUGAUCUUCACAUGUUCAACUCUUAUUCCUGAAACGUUGGCACAGUGUGUAAAAUGUAAAUAAAAACAGAACACGAUUGUUCAACUGGAUCCAGUCCAGAGAUGUUUAAUGUUCAGCUGAUAAACUUCAUUGUUCCACACUCAUCCUGCAGCAGGUUCUGAUGACGCUGGGACAGGAACAUGUUUCCUCCCGUGUGACAUCAUCAAACAGAUGUUUUUGUUUUGUUUUGCUUUUAGCGUUGAAUAACUCCCCCGUGUGUUGUUGCUCCCGUCUCCACCUGGUUACAACAUGUUGCAGACUGACUGCAUAUUUACAAUCAAACACAUUUAUCAGUUUGAACAUUAAAUAUUUUGGACUCAGUGACUCUGAAUAUCAGUCACAAUAGAUUUAUUUACACUUUACACAGUGCAGACUUUGUGGGAUUAGAACUGGACAUGAACUAAUCCAGGCUUCAUUUAUCCUGUUAAUUCUCAAUGCCGUCGCUCUGAUUCUUUAAUCUCUGAGUCAUGUUGAGUAACAACAUGCUCUUAUUUUGAAAUAAAGGUAACGUGUGUAGAGGUGAGGCCAUGAUCAGCUCUCAUAUGAUUGGCUGACUGGUGAUCAUGUGAUUGUCUUCUAAAGCAGCAACAAAGUGCACAUGUCAUUGAUGUUAUUCCUCCUGUGUCCUGUGAACAGCACCUGACAUGAUGAGAUACAGAUUUUAAUCAUGGAUGCUGAGUCAACAACAACAAAACUCUUUGUUUUUAUUUCAUGCUCUGUACAGAACGUUUGUUCACAGCUGAGUAACCCUCUCCCCUGAUGAUGUCAGGUGACUCAAAGGUUACGUUCCCAUAACAAGUAGGGCGGUCAGCGUGAAAGCGUUAGUCACCAUGUGGUCGAUGUCCAAACAUGAGACGUUCAUUCUUUUACAUCACAUUUAUCACAGCCAUGUGAGACCCACCAGGCCGCCGGUAAUCUUGGCGAGGGAAAAACAUCAUGACCAUUUCAACAGAGGUCCCUUGACCUCUGACCUCAAGCUAUCUGGAUGGAAAUGGGUUCUGUGGGGCCCCACGAGUCUGCAGUAUAAGUGUGAAUAUUUCUGCAGACUGGACACCAUAAACAGACUUGGAGUGACAUAAAUCAGGUGUGAGUGUGAAGCUGAGGCUGUAGUGGGUCACUGAGUGUUGUUCAUGUGUGAUGAAGUCAGUCCUCACAGCAGCCAUUUCAUCACAGUGAGACCAUCUAUUAAACAGCAUACAGUGACCUAUAGUGACCUCUGGGAUAAUCACAGCAUCAUGAAACAUUAGUAGAGACCUGCAGCGUUCACAGGUGGUUUCAUAGGUGUGUUGACAAUAAGAGGGCUUCAGGUGAAACACAGCACUGCUAUGUGACACACACUGUUGACCUGCUAUCUCCCCUAAAGAACGAUCAUCUCUGUUCACAGCCCUUAUCACAUCUACUAUGGCCUAGAUCCAACAUGUCUGCUGUCGUGACACAGGUCAGAUUCUGUUCAUGGUAGUGUGACACAGACACUCAAACGUUCACGUGUUUCCUCAAACAUCUGUCGCUCUUCACUGCACAGGAGCAGGUCACGUAUUCACACAACAACCUGCACAGUUUUCAUUCAGACUGUUUGUUAAAUCACAGCUGCUGUAGAAACUGUGAGCACUGAGGAAAACGACCUCGUCUCUAUCUGACCUGUCGACACUGAGAUCAAUGAGCUGCAUCAAAUCAAAUCAUGUGUGUUCUGUAUGUAAUGUGAGUGAUCAUAUAAUAUCUCCACAGUGGCUUUAACUCUUUAUGGUGAUCAUGGGUUUAUGAUAAUGAGCACUUGUUAAAUGUCAUUAGUUUCUUCUGCUACAGCAACAUAUCUGCUCUGUAAAUCACUUCCUGUCUUCUUCUCUCAGAAAUAAAUCACAAACCAAAAGA